AAGCCGGCCGAGAGCCGGCCCAGCCCCGCCGCUGGCCGAGCGCUGCCCGCGCACCCCCCGCGGCCGUGCAGUCGAGUCGGGCGGGCUCCGGCGGCAGGGCAGGAUGGACCUGGCCGUGGACUUGUACCUGGCCGUCCCGCUGCUCUUCACCGUCCUGGCCCUCGUCCUCGCCUCCGUCUUCCUGAGGCUGCGGGGAGGCGGCGGCGAGCGGGCGGCGGAGCGGCCCCGGGAACCCGCGGCGGAGCCGGCUCGGGAGGGCGGCCCCGGGGGCGAAGCGGCGGUAGCGGCACCGGCCGCGGCCAAGGGGCCGGAGGACGAGGAGAGCCGGGUGCCGGUGGAGGAGGUUGGAGUGGGAGACGAGGGGAAGGAAGCGGUCACCGAGCAGCGGGAGGCGGCGGCGGAGCCGGGCCCCGCGGCCGAGCCCAGCCCCGCGGCGGCAGAGAGCAUCCCCAGGCAGCCGCCCGCGGAGCCCCGGCAGCCGCCCGCGGAGCCCCGGCAGCCCCCCGAGGAGCCCCGGCAGCCCCCCGAGGAGCCCCGGCAGCCGCCCGAGGAGCCCCGGCAGCCCGAACACCGGGAAGAUGCGGAGAGCAAGAUACCACCCCUGGGUGCCUCACCUGGAUCCAGCCUCGGGCACACAGGACAAGCAGAGGACACAAGUGGCCAUGAAGCACUUUCCAGCCAUGCAGAGGAGGAAGAGGUGGACUCAGAGAAUGAGAAGCUGGUGGUGAGAGAGCCCGAGGAUGAGGAUGCUGCAGAGGAGACAUUUUCUUUUAAAUACAGUCCUGGAAAGCUAAGGGGAAACCAGUACAAGUCAAUGAUGUCCAAAGAAGAACUAGAGGAAGAACAAAGGAUUGAGCUGACCUCUGAUCUCACAUCUCUGUAGCAAGUACCUUAGGUCCUCGGCCACAAACAUUCUUGCAAAUCUUUUUGACCUGAAGACUAUAUGAAGUUGUCCCUAGCCUCCUCCUAAAGGCAUCCCUUGGCAUCAUUAAAGGCUUGAGAGAAAUACCAAAACCAACCAAACACACCCAUAAGAGAAACCCAUAAACCCUCAAAACUUGGGAUCCCCUCUUGGUCUGAAGUUGAGUUCUACAAAAACUCCUGUCAAGUUUGAGGAUAUCCUAUUGUGUGGCUCCAUGGACUGACUGGGGCAGGGCCCAAGCAGUGACUUGAGUUGUGUUUGGGGGACUGGGAAGAACCUUCCUCCCUCUCCCCCAAGCAAAACCCAAAGUGAACACUAAAUAUGCAACAAGUCUAUUAGUUGUGUUGGCUUCAUAUAUUAGGCCAUUAAAUUCAUGUUUUUCCUUUCCUGGGGUGGGCAAACCAUAGCUCUGCUCUCAGACCAGCUGGGACCUUGUACCAGAAUCUCAAGUUAUUUUGUCCUGGGGUCAAACUCCUCUUUGUUGCCGGGGGGUGGUAACUGCCUGUGAUUUCCAGUGUUGUACAAAGCUGCUUUACUCUUUGAGGGCUGGAGGGACAAAGUGGGGUCCAUGUGAGGGAUGGCUGGGCUGACUCAAAUCUUGCUUCUGUAGUUAUUUUAGCAGAGAGCUGAUUCUGUAGGUACAGAGGAUACCCAAGAAGUGAUGAAGUUUGAUGGUUUAGCUGUUCUGCUUGUGGUGGAGAGGCCACUCUUUGGCUGCUGAUAUUAUCUGCAUCCUCAUUUUCCCUACUCCAGCUCCCAGGAGGAGAGACCCAAGGAGGCAGCUAUGGCAUCAGGGGUUCCCUCUGGCUCAGGAUGAGAUAGUGGAGGUCCUGGGAGAGGCCCACUCCCCAUUCCUCUGCCUGCUGGCUAUUCCAGUGCCCUCUUCUCUUGCUGCUCCAUCGGAGCCAGAGCUCAGGGUUGCCCCUCAGCUCUGUCACACAGAGCAGAUGAAUUUGGCUGGGCACAUACUCAGUUUCAAAUCAAAGCCAGCUGGUUUUUGAAAGAGAGAAGAGGGUCCAAGUCCUUUAGUGAUGUUGUAGAAACACCAGGCUGGGUGGGGAUGUGUCCUCCAAAGCUUCUCUGUCACUGCCUUUUGGCUAACACUGCAAACAUAUCAGGAACCCAACAGGCUGCUUUUUUUUUUCCUUUUUAAUUCCUAUGCAGACAAUACUUGAAACCUUGUACACAGUUGUCCUUUCCAGCUCCUGGGGUAUGCAAACUCCUCCUAAAUGGGCUAAAUGUUUAAGGAACAGCAGGAGGCUUCAGCUUUAGAAGAGGCUGGGCUGCCCCCUCCCAGCCGACAACUGCAAGCGUGUUCAGUGUUUUGUAUAUGAAUUAAGGCACAUCUGGACCCUCUGCUUCAACAUCCUCCUGGUACAGCCACUGUCUCUUCUGGAUACUGGCUGGCUGGCUGUGUCCCAAGCACCCAACUAUGCAAAGAAUGCCUUAUAUCUGUUGUGUUUAAGUUACAUGGCAAUAUGUACAUCCAGCAAAGUCAGUAGUUAAGUCCAGAUUUUUGCUAGUGGCAGCAAGUCAAACUCUUUCUUCAACUCAAAUGGCUGUCUGGGUUUUUUUUUUUACUUUUGUUUGGUUUUGUUUGUUUUGUAUCUGAUGGUGGCUCUUAUACAAAAGGACUGUAAUUCUAGUGGCUUGAAUCUGUAAAAAUUGCCUUUGUUUCGUCCAAUAAACCUUUGAAUAGUUUA